GACAACUAUGAAGAAGAAAUAAGUUAUAACUUUCUCUCGGGGUUACGAAGUGAUUUCACUUCAAGAGAAGUAAAACAGUUGGGGCAUUACGCAAAUGGAGGAUUCCUGUGCAACAACAGUAGGAAGGCAACUCUGUCAAGACUGACAUUUCUUUUUUGCCCGAAUCAGGCUUUUUUUUCCACGUUUACAAAAUGGUUUCUAUCCAAGGGCUACCUCCCUUGCCUCGCUGCUUCAACGGACUUCUGGGAUUGGACAGUAACCAAUGGAAGGAGACUGAGCGCACACAUACUCUGAGAAUGAUGAUAAACUCGGGGCUGUCUGCAGAAGCCAAUUUGUGCAAUGGGGUUGAAAAUGGGUCAGAUUCCAAGUCCAGCUCAUCCCAACGGAGAAUCUAGCUUUCACCACAAGCUAAGCUGGGAUCUGCCUUGUCCUGCCUCAGACAGGAAAUGGUGUACUUGAGACAGCUGGACAUGUCACUACUUUGUCAACUAUGGACCCUUCAUGAGGCCAUACAGGAUUACAAGACGAUGGUGAAUGACCGCCAGUCAGAGACCAACUCCGAGUGCUCCUACAGCAUUGAGCGGGAUCUGGACUCCAUCACCAGUGUGGAGGAUUUUGAGGUGGAGGAUUUGCUCCCAGACAAGCCCUUAGCAACAAACUCCCUGAGUAGCAGCACAUCCAGUCUUCUGAGGCAAAUAAGCCAGCUGCAGCACAAAGUUGACUUGGAAUUUGAGUAAAGCUAAGUGUACCACAUGAUUAACUCAACUCAAAGUUUGAAGAAACAUUUUGUGUUAUACAUUGUACUUUUUAAUGAACUUUAUUUGCUCUAGCAUGAUGUUAACUUAGAAUUUUGGUCCGCUUUCCUCUAGAAUUUUUGGUCAAGCUUAUCAAUCAAGUUAGGUUGGAAUUUGAAAAAAGAAGCCAAAUUAGAAUUACAGAUUCAAGUCAGCGUCAGCUCCUAGCAGUUGUAGUUUUUUGUGUAAAACUAAGUCUGAUACAUUUUAAAGCCUUCUUGCAGGUUGAGAACAGCUAAGUCAUUUUCAACUCAAUAUUGUCUUGGGAGACUGAGUAGUCACUGACAAUUUUGAAGUCUAGCCAGAAUUUAAAAGUUAUUGUUAUAACUCAGAAUAGAAUGAGGUUUUGUGUACAGUAAAGGCAGUUUCAAGUCUGAGUUGCUGUGGGUAUGGGAAGGUGGCAUAUUGGUUAAUCUUGGGAGGUGGUGUGAAGGAGGGCCUUGAGCCAUUGUGAUGUCAAAAAUGGAUUGUAGUGUCAAAAUGAAGCUUUUGUUGUUCGGAGUUGCCUUUUGUAUCUGUUGAAAAAGGGGUUUGAUAUUUUCUUAGGAAAAUAGCAUACAUUUAUAUUGCAAGUGUAUGCCACCUUUUAUUCAGUUUAGCAAUGAUAUGACUGAAGCAAGUUUUCAGUUCUGUUAAUUCUCUUUUCCUAGAAUAUUAUAUGAAGUAUAGAUUGAUGAAUUGGACAUCCUGCACAGGUGUUGGAGAUGGUUAUUAAUAACAUGUAAACAAUGGUGACUAUUUUAUCCCGUAUAAGUUGACUGGGAAUUGAUUUGCCAAACUUAGCUGUCAUAAAAGUGUCUAACAAAAAUUGUGUGCGGUCAUCUGGAGUACUGUAGAUUGGUACCUUAUACAUAUCCAGCAUAUAGCAUGCUGUACAGUUGUGCAGAUGUGAUGUGUGAGUUACUCUGAUCAGGGUUUAUUUCUGUUUGUAAACAAUACCAGAAUCAAGGUGACAUUACUGAGUGGAUAUUUCCCCUUUUCAUAGACGAUACAUGUAUAAGAGGACAUUUUGUGCUACAUUUUUGGCUGUUAUGGGAGAGUUAGAGAUCUUCAGUGUUUGUGCAUAAUCAUUGGAGGAGUUUUUAUCAGCUUGGAGGGAACUUUAUCAUAAAAGGGAAAGCUGAUAGUUUUUUGAACGUGGUCUAUUUAGUGGUUGUAUGGUUUUGUAAGUAGUUCGUGUGUUCAUGAUGAUCUUUCUUUUGGUUGGACUUCAUUGGAGAGAUUUGUUGAUACAAAUGUCACAUUGAAAAGACACAAGGAAUAGGUAGCACUUUUUUUGUCUUCACAUUUUGUAUUAAUGAUAUAAGUUUUUUGUUUUACUUGUCUUAGGGGCCAUUGAAUAUUUGAUCCAGUUUUGAAAUUAGCAUUGUUGGUAUAUAAUAUAAUACUCCAUAAUAUACAAUCUAGUCUUAAUGUUAUAUUUAUCUUCACUUACAUAUUUUUAUUAAGUAUAGUAGAUCUAUUAUAAGCUUGGAAGACCUAGGAUUUACGAUGUAUUUACCUGCCUGUAAUUAAGCAUGUCUACUCUUCUCUUUUACUGUUAUGGAUCAGAUAGUUUUAUAUCCCAAGUCAUUUAUAUUAUAGAGACCAUUGGUUAUGCGGCAAAAUUACUGUAAUUCUUCAACCUUUUCGCAUGUUUGCAAGGUAUUUGUCCAGGCAUAUUCUAAAG